CUUGAGCAUCGUCGUGAUUUUUUGCUGGUGUACGACGGACAAAUCAACUCAAAUCUGCUCCUUGGUAAAUGGACUGGAGAUCAAUUGCCACCCUCUAUUGUGUCAACGGGAAAUAAUUUGAGAUUGGAGCUGACCACUAAUGGCGCGCUUCGACGCAAAGGGUUUUUAGCGGAAUAUCGCUCUCUUCCCAGCAUAGGUGAAGGAACGAUGAGAACCAACUGCACCACCAGUUUUGCAAGCCCGGCAAACAGCAUCGCUUCACCAAAUUACCCAAGGAGCUAUCAAGCUAACCUAAACUACACGUGGACCAUUUCCCAACCUGAAGGUUGUGUCGUCCGGUUGCAGUUUGAAGACUUUGAACUUGAAUCAGAUAGUGAUUUUGUUCACGUGUACGACGGACCCGCAAGCCACGAGAAUCUUUUGGACACGUGGACUGGAACAUGCUUACCGUCGCCACGAAUUUCGACGCGCAACAGCAUGACAGUCGCAAUGCGCACAGACAGUUCGCUGGAAUUUCGCGGUUUCUACGCAACAUACGACACU